AUGAAUUUGAAGGUUUUGGUAUGCUGUUGUGGAAUCGGAAUGGGGAAAGGAUUGCCGUGUCGUCGGCGGUCUAAAUCAAAAACAACUGGGAGUUACACGUGCCCAAAUAAAUCAUGUAAUAAAAUCUUCAAGUCCAAAGGUAGUUACUUCAAUCAUGUGAAUUAUGAAUGUGGUGGUCGCAAGCAAUUUGAAUGUUGGUUAUGCCAUAAGAAGUUUAGCCAAAAAGGCUCUUUAAAAAGUCAUCUUGGUCUUCAAUCUGAAUACAGAAGUCAAUCAAAUGUAUCCAUUCCAUAUAAGUUUAUAUGUCCAAAUUGUUGCCGAAGAUAUUCACAUAAGCCCAGAUUAGUACAUCACUUGAAACAUGAAUGUGGUUACAAACGAUUUAUAUGUAAUAUUUGUUAUCGAACAUUUGGAAGAAAAGAUCACUUGAAAAAUCAUGUAAUAUGUGUUCACAAAGUAAUUGCAAAUACAUGA